AUGUCCCCGGAGGUGAGUUGUGGUGGCGAGUUGGAAAAAGUCAUCGCACCGAAGGACACAAUCCAAGCCGCGCACGAUACGGAAAGUUUGUAUCAUGUCUCCGCGCAACUGCCUAUAACUCAGAGGAUAGAGAUUAAGGUUAGUUAAGCGGAUCUCGUAUGGCAGUGCACUUUGACCUCUUACUAAUUUUGUGGCUCGCCUCUGCACCCUUUCGAGCAGAUCGUAAUCCUGGUGCGUCCACGGUCUCCAGGCCUGAAUUGCAUAUUCGAGAUGGGGCCUUAUAAACGUGCCGAAGACUUUGGUGAAGCAGUCUUCAUCGAAAACUACGAAUGCCCGCUUGAUGGCAUAUAGCAUUGACGUUGCGGCCUUGGCCUCCUUACAGCAUUGUGUAGAAGACUUUAGGCUGUCUGCAACCCAAGCUCCGAGAUCUUUCUGAGUUUCUGCUUCUCGGAGUGGCAUUCCGUUCAGAUUGUAUUGCCGCGUACUAGGGCUCUGAUUUCCGAGGCGCAUAAUGGUGCAUUUGUUCAAAUUGAAGGACAAGAGCCAUCUGCUGGACCACUCGUCCAACCAACAAAGAUUUUCUUGGAAGUUGGUCUCAUCGGCAGCAUUCUGGAUGACUUUCCAGAUUUUUAUGUCAUCCGCAAACAUGGCACAAUCACAGUCCAACCCAUCUACGCAAUCAUUGAUGAACAAGAGAAAGAGAGUUGGUCCGAGCACCGAGCCUUGUGGGACCCCACUCUCUAUGAAUGUGCACCUUGAUUGCUGUUGUUCUACGCAGACAAUUUGGGAGCGGCCGACAAGGAAAUUUUGUUCAUCAAUGAUUGUGUCGAUGGGUUGGACUGUGAUUGUACGAUAUUUGCGGGCGACACAAAAAUCUGAAAAGCCACUCAGAAUGUUACCAAUGCGAUGAACUUUCAAGAAAACCUUUGUCGAUUGGACGUGUGUGUGUGGCUCUUGUCCUUCACUUCGGAAAUAUGUACCAUACCGCGCCUCGGAAAUCAGACCCCUAGUACGCGGCAAUACCAUCCGAACGGAAUGCCAUUUCGAGAAGCAGAAACGCAGAAAGAUCUCAGAGUCUGGGUUGCAGACAGCCUAAAGCUCUCUACGCAAUCUUGUAAGGCGGCCAAGGCUGCAACUUAAAUUCUUUAUGCCAUCAGGCGGACUUUCGCAGUUUUCGAUGACGACUGCUUCACCAAAGUCUUCGGCACGUACGUAAGCAGAAUUUACAGCAGGAUUGAAAUCUGACCGAAAGAGUGCAGAGGCGAGCAACAAAAUUAAUUAGAGUUCGAGGUAUACUGCCAUACGAGAUCCGCCUAACUAACCUUAAUCUCUAUCCUCUGAGUUAUAGGCAGUUGCGCGGUGAUUUGAUACAAACUUUCGGUAUCGUUCGUGGCUUGGACUGCGUGCAUCGGUGCGACGACUUUUUCCAACUCGCCACUACAACUAACAUCCGGGGAUAUCCCUUCAGGCUACGUGUGCCCCAGGGAAGGUUGAAUGUGAGAAAGUAUUUCUUCUCCAACCGUGUCGUGGAACCGUGGAAUAAUCUGCCUGAGAAGAUUUUCAUGUCUCCAUCUGUGGAGACAUUUAAAUGUCGGCUUGACAGAUAUAUGCUGUAGUAACAAGCGGAGUAUGUGAGUUUUAGCCAUGAGACCAGCGACAUAUGUAAAUCAAUGUCUGCAUGCACUUAAGGCUGUAAUUUCUUCACAUUUUGCUUAUUUGUCGAAUUUUUAUGUACAAAUAUGUAUUGACAGACUGAUUGAAUCCUCACAGUACGCUGAAAGUCGAAACGGAGCGGGGACAUUUAAGAUCACGAAGAUCAUCAUUACAAAGGAAAACAUCAGUGAAUUCCGCAACCAAGUAACAACAUGCAGCGUUGUUGGUGCAAGAAGUCACCGUCGGCAGCACGAGUAAAACAUAGAUAAUCUCUAAAUUUCUGGAGGACCCUGAUAAAAUUGCUCAAUUUAAGUUUUUAGGAAUGGAAAGGACAGCGCUGUAACUAGACUUUCUGAGUUAAGGUGCUAGCAUUGUUUUGCUUGGAAUACAAAUGCGCUAGGCGCUGACCCAAUUUCAAGUCAAAGGUUACCACAAAAUAAAGUCCAUUUCAAAGCGCAAAACAAACGUUUAGAAGUAGUGUACCGUCCUGCUUGUUUUGCGUUGGGUAGACGGGAGAUAGCUUGAGUUAGUGUAUAACUUCCCGUUCUUCGUCACAUAACUCGACCCUUGGUUGUGCGUCCCUAAGGAGUCCGUCGUUCAAGCACUCGAGACCGGACACUUGGGAUAGGUGAUGAAGAGUAAAUAAGAGCUGAUGGGUAGAAACAGUCUGUUGGGCCGGACAAUUAUCUAGUCGGGUUAUUAUAUUGGCUAACUAAUGAAUGUAGAAACAUAGACGAUAGCUGAAAGGUGGAAAAAUAGAUAGGUAUUGCACUAAUCGGAUCGUCGAUCGUUAGUUAGAGGUCCUCACGUGUUCAGCCGCUAUGAUCGAUCUAUAAGAACGUGGUCACCAAUUAAAACAAGGGGGUUUGAUUCUUUAGUUCGGCUGGGUUGUUACAGUAGACCAAAAAGGCGGUGCGAUAAAUCCAGGGGAUUCAUAUAAGUCGUAAGACUGACCCACUGGAGUGAACAUGGCAAUAAGUGGAAGAAUGGGAUUAGGAGCAAUAUGAAACAAGAAGUUCUCCUUUCUUUCGGGGCGGCUAAACUAUUGGGUGUCCUACUGCAAAUGCUGUGGUAUCAUUGCUGACGUAAUGAUUUAAAAGGAACAUUGAGAAUUAGAACAAAUGACUCGAAACUCAUUUGAGAACUUUUACAAAGCCUAUGAUCCCAUUUGAUUCACUCCAUCAAACAUGCCUUGUAUGUAUAUUAUUCUGAAUUCUGAGUUGUAAAUUGGAUGCUCAACAGCUCACACCAAUUUCUUUGUCAGUAUGUUCAUCUAAACUGGAAUGAAUAGCAAAGGUCAGAGAACGGGGCCUUAUUCUACGCUGAUGACGGUUAAUAAUAUCGACACAGACCCAUCUAAGCUUGUGCGUUCUACCGGCCAAGGUAUCCUUAGUCAAAGUCAGCGAAAUCCUCAUAUCACAGGCUCUAGAAUCUACUAAAUAAACACCGUUAUCGAACACGAUUUUUGGUUUCAUUGAAGUUGACGUAAAUGACAUUGAUACCUGCGUUUUCUUCUGAUUUAGGAAAUUACUGGUCCGUUAAACACAAAGUUUCGAUAAAAGGAAUUACUCUUGCCAAAAAUAAUAUUAGACACUGACAAAACUUUCUUUUUAGCUUGGUGACUGCCUGGUCGUUUUAUUGGGAGGUCCUCCCCAUAAAUGUGCAAUAAAGUAUAGCCUGCUGAUCACCAAGGAACAAUGCAGUUCAUAUUCGACAGCAUAAAAUAAAAACUUAAGUUCACUUUGAAGGGAUUUUUCAUCACUGUAAUCCAAGUGUAUCAAAACCAUAAUUUUUUUCUAAUUCUAAAUACUUCUGCCUUACAUUUUUGCUCGAGCCACUGAAAAUUCAGGAAGUAGCUGAUUGGUUGUUACUAUUUAAAUGCAUGUGCAAACAACCAUGACUGUGGACGAGGAAAACUUGCCGGCGUUUGGCGAUUUGCAAAUUAGCGAAAAUCUGGAAGGCUGGGGCCCUUCAGAGAUCCCAGAUGGCUUCAAGGACAUGCCUUUUCAGCCGUUCUCAAAGGAUACCCGGCUCGGGAAGGUGGCAGACUGGUGUGGGACUAUUUACCCCGAUUCCAAAUCGAAAAGUUUCUUUUCUCAGUGUAAUACAUGUUUUAGAUCGCUAUACGGUUCAGUAUGGUGGUGGAGCGCAGUACGCUUAUUAUCAUGAUGAGGAUGACAGCAGUUUCCAGCUUGCUACCAGCGGGAAAGAUUCGAGAUCUGGCUCAUUUCGACCGCGUUACAGACUACCCUUCGUAAGUUAAUCCUCUUGGAUAACCGGUUUUGGUAGCCGUUGGCAUGCUCUAGAAGGCUCUGAUGUCCGUAUAUAUUGCUCUUAGAGUUUAAAAACGGUUUGAUAUACCAUACCUCCAGGCUUUCCAGUCACUUAUGCCAGUGCAUACGCUGACCAAUAGCCAGUCUCACCCGUCGUAUCCAUUUACUUGGGAGACUGGUGCUUUCGUUAGCAAAUUUACACUUUCUUAGAUGUUUUUUUACGCAACGGAAACUUCUAGUGCUGCGCUUUGUUUAGCAAGGAGCCAGUACCCUUUCAUCCAGUGAAGUAACCUUAUGGUAUAUCAAAGUUCACAGAGGGCGGAGACAUGAGUCGAGACUGGUUUUGGUCAACCUACUCCUCAAACGGAUUUGACCAAUGCCAUGAUCUCAGAAAUCGAGUGUAGAUGUGUACAUUCCAUGCACACAAUCUGGUGAAUGCAUCCUCCUUGUUAUAUGCGUCCGGCACUGAAAGGUAAAAACACAUGCAAAUAGGCCUUUUUAAAAUAAUAACAAUGUUACCAAAAACGUUAGUUGUUUAUCAUUCGCUUAUUUCACAACCUGCGCUCAGUUGUACUGUCGCGCGUUUAGAUCUCUUGACAGAAAACUGCUGUUAUUGGCUUUUAUGUGGCUAUGUAUUCCCAACACUUCGUAUGCUCCCAUAGAAGUCUAAGCAUGGUGGACUGCAGGCAGGAUCGGUUCGCAGGUAGUCAACAGUAAUUCUCGCAGGUUUCACUCGACCGUUGAUUCGGCACUCUACUUUUCCCUCGAUCUAUGACAUUAACUCCGGUGAGAAACGUCUCACUGGGAAUGCCUAACUUACUUCCUCUUAUUCUCGCCUUACGGCCCAUAGAUUGUGCGUGCAUUGUUUCGGGUCAUAAGAUCAUAAAUGGACAAGGUGUCGUCAACUUUGGAGUUUUCUUUGCCAUAAUCUUGGAUGUACCUGUUGGACCCCCGAAUAACUUAUUCAGCUCACGCUCAAGUUUUUUUCAGUACGCCAUCUCGAUUGCACGUGGGGGCUCUCGUUAGUCCAACCAUCUACAAGCUCUCCUUUAUUGAGCACGUUAAUAGCCUCCCCCAAAACUUAAGGUCGACUGAGGACUCGCCUAAAGUGCUAAACCAACCACUCCAAAAUCCCUGAUUCCUCCGACAGUAGGGUUGUUUCACACGGGUUGGGGACCGUAGGGUUCCACAAUGCCUUCGAAGUUUUUAUUUUCACCUCCCAGCCUCUGCUGCAGGUGCCGACAGUACUGGGCUAUCUUCGCCUCAUUUUGGUCUGUACUGCCCUUCAUAUACGUCAUGUGGAAUUCGGUUUUCGCAGACCAGUCAUUUUCUUAUGUCACCGAGCCAGGCCCUGCGCUACUGGCGUAUGUUCGAUGACUUCAGUGACAUUGGUGUGGGUAACAUUUCACUGCCCAACCCAGCUGUUCCCGAAGCCCUCAUCCACCAGGGCUUUAAUGUAAUCUAGGCAGCUGCCACCUUUUUUGGCCCUUUUCAUCUAAUGAGAAGGUCCCUGUGGUUGGAUUUUCAGCCUUUUUUCGAGACGAAUAUAUUGUUAUCAGCCGAGGAUUUGACACUGCACAUCGCCCUCGUCACGAUCACGACAUGAUAUAUUUUCGUAAAGAGCACACAGUCAAUCAGUUUUUUUUGAUGUAGGCGAGGGUGCACCGUAGUUUUACGUAUUUAAAGACGAAAGAAAAUGCUGAUGGCUAGAAGAUCGCGUUUUUUACAGGUUUUCAGCAGUCCCUUGUCGUUGCAGUUGUCUAUUUUGUGAUGAACACCGAGUGGGGUGAAGUUUCUGCCUAAUUCUUUGCUCUAAAAUCCGCAAAAUAUUCAGUUUGUCCGCUUUCUGAACAGACACGUUUAAGGAACGGAAGUCUUCAAAGAACAUAUCCCUCAGGUGCUGAUGACUUGCUAUUAUUAAAGUGCAGACGCUGAUAGUGGCGAAUUUCUUCUCAUGCAGUGCAGACUGCAUUGCGGAGUGGUAGUUUUCGAUUCUUUGUGUUAGGUAAGAUAGCAUCCUGGCAGCGAAGACAGCAUGUUUGCGUUUCUAGGUCAACCAUUCUAGAAAGUGUGUCCUGAGCUGUCAUUCAUUCUGGUCAGUUGGUCAUCGGACAUUCCAAACUGCCAGAAUGAAAGAUGCUGACCUAUAUUGCUUUAGUUGUUGUGCUUCGACCGAUUUUAUGGCGUCGAGUAGUCUCAGGCAGCAAAAUGUACGACCUAAACCGAAAUUUUAGGGGACGAGUGGCAUCAUUUGCUUUUUUCAUUCCGUACUUAAAAAUGAAUGCAUCCGUAAGUAGGAUGCAAAAAGACAUCCAGGCAGGAUGCCGACUUCUAUUGUGGUUCACGGUCAGGCUUAACAAUAAGACGACGGGAUUCCAUGACGCGUUCUCCAUAAAACUGCCAGUUAUGAUGAGGGGUUUGGUUGUAAUGUUGAUCGGGUAUUGAGGGUAACCUGUUCGAGACUCAUCUUCUAACGAGGAGGACUUUUGGCUCCCAUAGGGGAUUGCGCGGCAGGUGCGCCGGUUCACGGCAGGGUUGCGCUGAGUCUGUACAGGCCGUACACGCAUUUGGCUCUCAAUAGACGUAGGCCUUCAUCUCGCGUCAGCGAUUAAAUCCAAUUUCCAUCACCAGCUGGUUGACAGGCUCGGGCAGUCGCCUUAUGUGUGGGAGUGGGGAGAGAGUGCGACCGACACCGGGAAUCCAUCCUCCUGUCGCAUCAGUGCAUCCUCUACUUUAAUAACUUUGGAGCGUUUGAAUCCGUCACAAUGCGCUACCUGUCAUGGCUUGGAAGAUUGCUAAUUAAUGGCAUAACUCGGUCGUCAGGACUGAGAGUUGGACUCGAUGGCUCCUCUGUGUAACAUUUAUGACAAUCUUACGCAUAUGAGAUCGGAGCCGCCUUCUGUGAAAUACCGGUAUAUGUAGUGACGCCCUGGUCGUUUGUGGGGGGCGCGUAGACGGGUCGUCUAACUCAGCCAGCCACUGCGUGCGAGCCCACCACCGGUCUUCUUGACACUGUCCUUCCACUGAAGUCAGGCGGAUGAAGGAGGGAAGGGUGUUGUAAAUACCAUGUAAAUUUGUUUCUUUAUAAAAUAUUUCACGUGCAAGUCACCGAUGCUGAACCCUCUCCAUUGAGCACGCGGCGGGCGUCGUCGCUUACGACGGCCGAACCGUCGUGUAAGGAGGAGGACUUAUGCAGCACCGUUCUCGCAAGUUCUACCGCUGUUCAGCAGCAAGACAGCUGGUGAGGAUGCCGGAUGCGGCGACUUGCACCGCCUGAGUUGUUUUUGCACACAAGGCGGCUGUUUCCUCCUUACCGGUUCGGGAAGGCAAAAAAGCCCUUAGUAAAUCAUGCCGGUCGAACAAGGUGGGCUGCUAACCAAACAGCCCGUGCUCCCCGUGGCGCAUUGUAAACACGUCUUUUGUCCUUUCAACCCAUUACUCAUUUUCCUCCUAACUCCAGUCCCUUCGUUUCCGAUCUAAGAGUCAACUGAUUACACUGGUUCGUUUGCCUUAGUUUUAGCCCUUCCAAAUAUUUCCCUAUCGGAAUUUAGGAUUUUCCACUUCGUAUUCCAGAUGCCCUGUCGUUGAUCCACCUUGCUUAUCAUAUUACCAUUAUCAUUAUUACCGACUAAUAACCAGAUAUCAUUCCCCUUGCCUCUUAAUGCCACUCCUAGGCCACAUUGUGUCUAAGGAUAAAUCUAGUAGGUGAUCGAGUCCGGUCUUGAGCAUUAUUUUCAGUAACCCUGCCUUCUUAUCACAGCGGAUGCGUAGGGGUGGUCAAUUCGGCCCAGGCUGGGGCCCUGGUGGUGGCCGUGGUGCUCCAGUCGGCGGCCAAUUCGUGUCGCUGGGCAACUUCGGUGGUCGUCAGCGUCGCUAUCCAAUGAAUGAUCGUGAUCGAAUGGCCAUGCAGAACCAACAGCGUCGUGGUGGUCAAGGAUGGCAAGCCAACCGCCGUGGUGGUUGGUCUGGUGGUCCUGGCGGUAAUUGGCGCCAAAACCCCAAUGACUACAACCGGCGAAUUAACCGACAACCCAAGACAGCCUCUGUCCAGGUUAAGGAAGAUUGGACGCUUCUUGAUGAACUCGAAUUCAGCCGUUUGGCCGCCCUUUCUUUGCCUUCCGUAAAAGAGCCUGAAAAUCUGUAAGUUCAAUCCCUGAUUCUUUAACUCGCCUUUCUGCCUCGUCCCAUGGCAAUUGUUUUGUCGUGUGCUACAUUAGUGCUUUGUCUAUCGUGAUCUCUGAUCUGUCAUACUCUGUAAAUCUGCUGGAGAACGGAAGCAUCUGCAAACAUAAAUUCACACUAGACGAUUGAUGCAACGUUCUGCCGCAGUCUGUGAUUUAGGCCGUAGUGCUUAAGAGUGCUUUCUCAAAUCGCCUUUUCGGGGAAGAGGGGAGGGGGGUGGACGGUUCAGUUUCAGAUCCUCCGCUUCUGUAUUACUCACCGCCCCCUCCUCGCCAUCUUCGCGCACAGAACACGUUCCAGGGCGACCAAUAGUGGACAUUGACUCCGGCCAAGUAGGCUGAAGCAAAUUCUGCACGUUCGGACAGUUCGACCGUCGCGAACGACGAUGUCCACCGUGUGCUGCACAGUGACGUCAGAGCAGGGACGGCGACCUGGUGCGUGGAUAAGUUUAUAGUGAUAGUAUCCUUGCGCAGCAUCUACCGCGUAACACACCCGUGCUAGUCGUUAGCCUAAACCUUAAUCUUAGUUAUCCCGCCAUCCAUGGUCUUUUAAAAACGUGUUUAAUUCUGUAUGAUUCGGGACUAAGCGCUUAAUCUAUGCUGAAUCGGCCUUACUUACUCCCUCAUUGCUAUGUUCAGGCCGCUUAUCCUUGUAAAACCGCCUGGAGAUAGACUGAGCACAGGACUUAAAAAACCUCAGUCUAACUCUGUCCCCGCCCAAAGGACAACCGAGUCGAGUACCGUCUACGAGGGCGAAUUUCCACUUGUUCCUGGUGCCCAAAGUAUUGCCUCCAGACUGUUGACUAACUUCUGUGACAACCCUUUGGCAUGAGGUUUCACGGGAUGUCGCGGUCUUCAGGGUCGAGGUUGGCAAUAAUGUAGGGUUUUUCUUGCCAGUCGUUGUGAAUGUUGUUACUGUGCUAUCAUGCAGUGCAAAUGCCGCCAAUUUAUCUAAGACCUAGCUCAUAGUUCGCUAAAUAUCCAAUAACGAUGCGAAUCCCCCAACAUUUUGAAGCACGCCAAGGAGGGUGAGACUGCAAGCUAAGAGACACUGAGUUCGAAGGGCACUUUCAUUCCUCAUCGCCUGCCGCUCUUUGUGAGAACCGGGGCUAACAGUGCAGGGCAUUCCUUAAGGGACCUAGUGGACUUGCUCUGUGCGCAGGGCGCCUUGUGACAGGACACCAGUUUUCUGCAUGAUCAGCCUAUCAUAAGGUUUGCUUUGGCGAACUUUGCAGUCGUCUCCAACACCCUACGUGUAGAAUCGAUGGAUAUCAAUAUUAAUAUACUGGUCGAGUAGCCCUGGACUGUAUGGCUGCUUGUAGGUUUUUACAUCAGAUCUGACACCAAGUCUUGCCAUAUCCUCUAUUUCAGCAUGGAAUGCGGCUCGGUAAAAUACUACGACAAGGCCUACGAUGCCGUUACCACGCGCAGCGAGAAGCCUCUGGUCCGUUUCAGUGGUGUCGUCCACGCGGUCACAACCACGGAGGAUCCCGUUAUCCAAAAGCUUGCCCGUGAAUCCAACGCCAACGUCUUCUGCACCGAUAGAAUGGCUCAGGCAAUCAUGUGUGCGCACAAGUCUGUGGACUCCUGGGACCUAAUAGCCAUUCGUAUCUCCGACAAGCUCUUCUUUGACGUGCGGCCCGACUCCAACUUUGGUGGGUUCUAGGCCACUUUUGUCCUGAUGUGCCGCUUCUAUGUAAGCCCUCAAUCUACAGGUUUUAUGUCCACGCCGACGAUGCUGACUUGCAGUUCCUUCUUUCCGCCCCUUUAGACCUCGUUACAGUUGCAGAGACAGCCGCCGAGCCUCCAAAUGAGGAGCCCGGGCACAUAAACAGCCCCGAAAAGUUGGCUCUGGAGGCCACUUUCAUCAACCUCAAUUUCCCUCAACAGGUCCUCAGUAGUGUAAGUCUCAUUUGAAAAUUCCCACAACAUUCAGCCAGGUCAGAUCAUCAUGGUCUGACACUGGGACGCGGCGAUGCCACCCGUAGACGCGAAACUGCCAUCCCAACCCCUUUCCGCCUUAUAUGUCCUCCUGAGUGCUGCUGGUACUCCUCACUUUUCCAGGGCUGUGGAAACAGUAACAGUGUCUGUCAUCUUCACAUGUCACCACUGUUGACAGAGUAUUUAUUUAAAGUCAGAUGUUAUGCACCACUACCGUUGGCGUGGGAAGGGGAAGAGAGGGUGGCACCGACGCUGGAUAAUCCAUCACCACAGCAAAUCGGAACGCUCCUAACCAUAGUGAAUCUGGUUCAUUUGAUUCUAUCACGACCCUUCAUGAGCCGACGCUUGGAAGACUUCCAGUCCUUCUCAGGACUUGCGAUCAGGCUGCUAUGGUUCCCUUCCAUUCAGAUGAGAUCUGAGCUGCUCUUGCAGAAGCCGAGUACGUGCAGUGGGGACCGGAUGGCCUGUGUGUGGCACGCGUAGACGGUCUACUCAGCUCGUGCCCACCUCCGACCACCUUGACAUUGUCUCGCCCUCGGAGCCACUUGGGUGCGGGAGGAGAGGGCGGCGAACUUUUAAAGAAGGAGACACGAUCGCUGGGACAAGAGCUUUAUUAGCCUGACGUUUCGGAUUCCUGCUCGAACCCAUCAUCAGAGACAAGAGCAGACUGCUUCCCAGGACUCGCCUCUUCACUUCUAUUGGCAGAGCGACAGAUCCUGUGUCAGUCUGCCUCACCAUAAAGCACUUCACUCACAAGUCACCAGUUCUGUGUUUACAUUUUGGGGCACUCGGCGAAAGUUUUCGCCUGCAACGAUCGAACUACUGAGACUGCUGGCUUGAGUUGAUCUACAGUUUUACGCGUUAGUCUAUAACUGGCACGCAGGGUCGCGGAUCCACGAGGAUCUGACGGAUGCAGGCACAGAGAAAUGUGUCUAGCCGCAAAUUUUAUUUCCCAGCUAAUAUAUGUAUAUAUUGGUAGUGUUAGCACCCCCUGCUUCGUCUAGCAGGCCUCCAACUUUAUUACAAAGCUGCGCGCGAGAUGUUCUGCCGAAAAUUGACAUAUGCAGUAGUAGUGGGCGCUCACCGAUCGUUCAUACGGAACUCACUCUUUCCGUUGUGCCCUAAGGGCUCUCUCUCGAGCCCAACCAGCAGCCGCACAGCGGCGCAUGAUAUAUAGGCAAAAUGGUAUUACCGACAAAGACAAGGCAGGCUGUCUCCCUUGUCUUUGUCGGUAAUACCAUUCUGACAUAUGAAAGUUAGAACCACAGCGGCGUCUCACUUAGGCGCUGACAAGCACAUAAAAUUAGUUCAGUAGUCGUAGCCGCCCGUCUGGAAACAUUGGAGAGUGUUGUAAACCAAUUUGCUAACUGACACAGCGCCUAAACUUCCGCAGUGUCUCGAUUUCUUCCCCAAGUCACUAAUUCAGAGGACCCCUAUGUGGUUCAUUAACUUGCAAUUACUUCCUUCUUCAUGCUUGGCGAUAGUCAAAAGUCCUUUUCCCGCCAACUCACCAUCGAAAGUCUAUUAUCUACUAGUCAGCCACUGACCUAACUUCGUUGCAUUUCUGGUUAAGAGACGGAAAUCCGUUGGAUUUUGACUAGAAAUAGUCAGACAUGAAGCUACGUCGUAGUCGGUUCUCUUCUCCCCUGAGCGAACGGUAAUUUCGGUCAACUAGGCUAGUUACUGCCGACGGAAAAAGGGUGCUGUUAGUGCCUGUGGUACUUGUACUUGGUACGGCAGCGAUCACGCCUGAUCUAGCCGGCCUCGAUGAUGUCCCGAACUGUACCUCUCCACGCCUGACGAUCCGCGGCAGCAGAUCUGUACAAUUAAACCCAUUUCCUUCGCCAGCGACGGAGACCCAAUACCGAAGGUUCAAAAACCACGAAGUGUGUCGAGCCAGGUUUUGAGUUGGCUCCCUUUUCGACGCCUCCAAUGGGGUAACGGUGCCGGAUCGAGGGCAUUAACACUGAGCUCUUGAGGUUGACGACGAAGAACAUGCCCAAAUCACCAUAGUCGCAUUUCUUGGAUGGCGUGCGUUAUCCUUGCGAUGUUGUCGCAGCGAGCGCGGGCUGUCUCAUUUGAGAGGAAGACGCUGAACUUCACUCGAAGGAUGGUCCUUAAACAGUGGUGAUCAAAUACCUCCAGUUUUCGAUCGUCCUCCACGCGCAAAGCCCAGCAUUCACAACCGUAGAGAAGGACAGACCGGAAAGAUGCAUGGUACACGCAAAUCUUAGUGGCGAUGGAGAUGUCGCGUCGGAUCCAUAGGCAUUUUCUGAGGCUCAAGAAAACCCGUCGGGUAGCAUCAAUUCGGGAGACAAUGUCGCCCUUGCGCCGUCCAUUCGACAGCAGCCACGUCUCGAGGUAUUUAAAACUGUCGACUUCUUCCAGUUCAUAGCCAUAAAUCCCGAGAGGUGCCUCCUCCUGGUCAGGGAUGCAGCCCGAAAACACUUUGGUCUUCCCAACGUUCAUGGGCGAACCGACCGAUUGGGCGACCUCGUUCACCCGUGAUAUUAUAGACCCUAGACCACAAAAACUUGAAGCAAUUAAGGCAAUAUCAUCGGCAUAGUCGAGAUUAGCUAAUCAGUGUCCGGGUGCGAACUUACUACCGUCACCUUCGUGUAGGUCCCUCCGAGAAUCCAGGUAAUAGUGCAGUUGAACAGAAUGGACGACAGGAUACGACCCAGUCGAACGCCAGACCAGAUACCAAACGGUUGGGAAAGAUCGUUUUGACCAGAACUCUCGCAGUGGUGGAGCGAUAAUAGGCCUUGAUCAUGGCAAUGAUUUUGGCGGUACACCAUCUAGUACCAUUAUCCAGCACGAUGGAGCAUGAUAAAAGUUCCCCUCUCUCCCUGACAGCUGGAAUGUUAUCGUUACUGUUUAUCAAAUGCCAACUAGCAUAUGCUUUUAUUGCUCCUACUUUGAUCUCCUUCCACCCCACCUCACAGGAGGCCAAGACCUACUCCUUCCCGUGCAAGAAUCCUUUCAUCGACGCGGACGAUAAGGAGGAGGCCGAGAAGGUGGCCUCUGUUGGCUACCGCUACCGCAAAUUUGAUCUCGGUGGCAAUAUUCAGUGCGUCAUUCGGUGCGAGGUGGAUGCCGCUCUGCCCGACAGCGCUGGGGAGGAGCCCAAGAAGAAGAAGAAGGAGAAGUUCGCGCCGCCGCCUCGCUUUGCUUGCAUCAAGGCGCUCAAUGAAUUCGACCAUAGGGUAGGUCCCUUUGCGGUUGUCCUUGUUAUGAUGUGGUCCAACAGUCGACCAGAGAACCGACUGUAUUGCAUUUCGCAGGAGAAACUGUUGUAUUGGCAUGUAUGAUUUACCACGCGCAGACAGCACGGGUGCUAAUUAAAAGCUCAGGCACUUGUUUGGCGCUUCAUGACACGGGGGCGGCGAGGGGUUUGGCUCAUCAGUGCGUUCCGCUUUGAGCCUUCAGUUUUUAAUCUCAAAAAUUAAGUCGCCUACUUGGAGUCGAUCAUUUGAAAUGUCGCUGAGUACUUGGUUUCCUGUAGUGAUACCCAUCGAUGCGGACGGCGUUGCAGACGCACCGUAUCAAAACGGGGUCAGACUGGUUUACGGCACGCAUUUAUCGUGUUGUACAGAGUCCGCGCCAGCCAGCCAGCCACUGCGACACUCGCACGCAUGUGAGGAGUGCGUGUGUGUGUGUACAUUAUGGUUAGUGUCGCUUAGUCGAUGACUGACUGGCUUCCCAGCCUUUGAAGGAUGUUGGCCCAGGCUAAAUGCAGAGCUGCGUGUCACCCUUUUGGACCUAAGUGGUAUGUAAGCACCUGUGCCAUGACCAGCAAGCCCUCAGCCCUUGCAGCCCAGUGUGUGUUGGCAGUUCUUCUGACACCUGGUUCACUCCUGGUAGGAUGCGAUUGUUCCUCCGCUGGGUACACAGGUCGUGUGCAUGGUUGCCCAGUCAUCUUCGUCGUCUCUGACCCGUUUGUUGGUUAAAAUCCUGGUCAAGUGCUUGUUGUGAACCCGAGGGUGUGGGGCAGUACAACUAGGUGCAGGUCCGGCCGUGACAGCCACAUGCGUCCUCUCCCGCCUUCGGCCUUUUUGACAACGUCUUGACGCCGAGCUCAGAUUGAAGAGGAGGAGGAGGAGAGAGUACGGUAGAUGCUGCGCAGUUCUACUCAUACGCAAGUCACCGUGCCUGCCUCGCGGAGCACGCGCUGGACAUCGUCAGAAUCGACGGUCGAACUGGCGUGUCUGUGUGGUCAAAAGGUCUGGAUUCAUGUGCUAUGCCGGUAUCGGCAAACCAUGGCCCUCGUAGCCCGAUAUGCGCUGGCAGUUCCCUGACACCUGGUUACCUGCCGGUAGAUGCACGUGCGCUCCCGCUGGGUACACAAGUGGUGGACAUGGCUUCCCAGUCAUCAUCCUCGUCCUUCUGACCCCUGUUGGGGUGUUGUUGUUGUGGUUGGUGAAAAAUCCUGGUCAAGUGUAUGCUGUGGGCUAGCGGGUGUGGUGGCACGCCUAGGAGCGAGUCCGGCCGUGUCAGUUACCUGCGCCCUCCCUCGCCUCCGGUCUUCUUGACUUUGGGCCCAGGUGGCAAGUGGGGGAAGAGAGAGAGUGUGGUAGGUGCUGACAAAGUCUACCAUCAGUAUAGUGGUAGUAGACUUGCGCAAGUCGCCGUGCCUGCUGCACCUCGCUGCGGAGCACACGGUGGACAUCGUCGGGCCCGACGGUCCAACUGUGUGUGCGUGUGGGCUCAGUCACAUCACUCGCUGAUUGGCAGGCUCACACACAGUUGGCUAUUCUAUGGGAGAGGGGCGAGAGAGUAUGUGGUAGGCACCAGGGAAUCCAUCCCCACGGGCAUCAACAGAGGAAAAGAACCGAACACUUCAAAGCUAGUAGUAAUUUCUCUAUUUAUCCAUGUUAUGCUGUUGCCUGACGCUUCUGCGAAGGAUUCUCAACUGGAACCCUCGUUAUGAAUACUUGAAUACGGCCAUUUUAGAAGGUGACAAUGUGUCGUUUUCCGCUCAAGUUGCUAGCAUUUAGCUGAAAUGUCACAUGCGAGACCGUGGCCAACCCAGUUUGUCGUUUGUGGAUUAAGUUGUGAGAACCUCUCUCAUGUUUGGUUAUUUUUUUUCCUUCUGAAAACACAACCCCCUACCAGUACUGCAGCGGAGUGAAUUGGCGAACCAAACUGGACGCCCAACGCGGGGCAGUCAUCGCCUCGGAGUUGAAGAACAACUCCUGCAAGAUAUACAAGUGGACAAUUGGUGCCAUAAUCUCCGGUGCUGACCAACUGAAGUUGGGGUAUGCUUUUUUUCAUUCCCAAAUUGCUGUCAUUAUCAGAGGGCAGAUUUAAGCCCCCCCUUCCGCUCGAUGCAAGGUACGCUGAGCGACCAAACGUAUGACAUGUUGGUCGAACUUUUGAAAUGCGUUUCCGAUUAGGAAGGAUUGAUUGGGCGGCUUUGUAAUACCGGUUAACAUGUGGCAUAAUCGUAUAAUAUUUCGGACUCGGACGGAUGUCGGCUUUUGAAUGCACUUCUUUUUGCCGUGUACAAACCGUACUCGGCAAAAAACGACAAGUUAAGUAGCGUGCAUUUUUCACAUUGGUUUUCGAUGGUCUUAUAAACUCAAUCAUAUUUUAUAAAAAAAACAUGGACAAAAAUAUGCUUUUCUUCAGUCGUUUGAUAGAGAGUAACAUCAUCUUUAUAUUUUAUACUUGAAGAAGGAUUAUAAUUUGGUUUUAAAAAGUUUUCUGAUUCCCGAAUAAUUUGGAGCUUAGUGAUUUCAGUCCACAUGGUGCAUGCGUUCCUCGUAAAGAAAAUCACAAUUUCUUCUAUGCGUUUAAAAAGAUAUCAUAUAGAGUCCAUAAAAUUUUGCAAUUGAUGCAGACCACCUUUUACUUUUGAUGGGGAGCAGUGGUAAACGGACAGUUAAGAUGCCUUAUGAAUGGACACUGCGCGGUCUUCAAAAAUCUCAUGAAUAGAAACUUUUUUAAAACCUAGUUACCUUUUCUUAGGUUAUAUAGUGUGAAAACAAUGCGAGUUUCUACCAAACGAAGAAUAUUUUUGCGCAGGUUUUCUAGAAAAUGCACUUGAGUCUAUAAGACCACCGAAAACCAAUGCGAAAAUGCAUACUACUCAAGUAGUCAUUUUUACCAUAUGUGGUUUCUGCAGGAGGUCGUAAAGAAAGGCAUUCAAAGGUCGGCAUCUUGGCGAGUCAGAAAUACCAUACUAUAUGUUAAAACCGCACCUAGGUAAUCUUUACUGAUCGAAAACGCAUUUCGGAAUUCGGGUCAACAUUUCAUGGGAUCGGUCACUCACUGUAUAUAGGUAAACUGUCCACAUCAAGUGGACUGUUAGUGCCAUAAUCUCCGGUGCUGACCAACUGAAGUUGGGGUAUGCUUUUUUUCCCUCCCCCAUUGCAGUCAUUUUCAGAGGGCAAAUUUAAGCCCCUACCCGACGUAAGUUACUGUGAGUUACCGGUCUCAUGCAAUGUUGUCUGAAAUACUGAAAUGCGUUUUCGAUUAGGAAGGAUUACAUGGUCGCGGCUGUAAUACUGAUUAUCUUGCGGCAUAAUCCUAUAAUAUUUCGGACUCGGCAGGAUGUCAGCUUUGGAAUACACUGCUUUCAAUCUCCUGUACACACCGUGCUCGGUAAAAAGGGACGACUUAAGUAGCAUGCAUUUUUCUCAUUGAUUUUCGACGGUCUUGCAAAUUCAAAUAUAUCUUAUAGGAAUCAUUAACAAAAUAUGCUUUCUUUCAGUCAUUUAAUAGAGAAUCACGUCUUCAUAUUGUAUACCCAAGGAAGGAGUAUAAUUAGGUUUUUAAAAGGUUUUCUAAUUGCUGAAUAAUUUGGAGCCUGAUCAUUCGUUGCAUGAGCACUUAGUGAUUUCAUUUUACAAGGUGCAUGCGUUCCGCGUAAAGAAAAUCACAUCUUUUUCUGUCAUUAAAAAUAUAUCAUACAGAAUGUUGCAUACAUCAAAAUGUUGCAAUGGAUGCGGACUAUGUUGUACAUUUCAUGAGGAGCUGCGGUAAACGCCGACGUGCGAUACUAUGUAAAUGGACAUUGCGCGGUCUUAGAAAAUGGCACAAUUAGAAACUUUAAAAACCUAAUUAUACUCCUUCCUUGAGUAUAAAGUAUAAAGGAGAUGUGAUCCUUUAUUAAUUGACUGGAAGAAAGCAUAUUUUUGUUAAUGAUUUCUACAAGAUAUGUUUGAAUUUCCAAGACCAUCGAAAAUCAAUAAGCAAAAUGCAUGCUGAUAUCCUGUCGAGUCCGAGAUAUUACAUAAUUAUGUCGCAAGAUAAUCAGUCUUACAGCCACGCCUAAGUAAUCCUUCCUAAUCGAAGACGCAUUUCAGAAUUUCAGCCAACAUUUCAUGAGACCGGUCACUCACUGUAUGUGGGUACAAUGUUUGCAGGCGUCUCCGAGGUGUAGAGACCGUCCAGGCAAGGUCUGCCGUCAUGAUCUUCAGCUGGGUGUCAGGCUGGUAGUUUUUUUCAGACCAACCCUACGCUUCCUUAUGACAGGCCUGUGCUGUCAAAACGUAUUCAAGCAUCGCAUCCCCAUCACACUCGUGCAACAAGUAUGCAGUAAGGUUUGCCGACCUCGGUACCGAUUCGCCAGACGUAUUGUGUGUGUGCGCGCGCUCGCGUUUGCACCGCGCUGCAGGUGCGGCGGACUAAAACGGGUGUCGCACUGGCUCACAGUGCGCGUUUGCCGGGCUGUGCAGCGUCCUUGCGAACUUAUAACUACUGCCGUGCAUGUGUGUGGUGGCACGCCUUAGAAUCCUAUCAUUUUGUGGUCGAGGGGCGGGGAACAGUCGACAGGUGCAUGGUAGAGGGAAAAAGAGGGUGAUGCGGACACUGGGCAGGGAUUCAUUCCAACAGUGCAUCGACGCACACCUCACUGUGGUGAAUCUGAUAGACCUUAAGGUUUGUGAGCGUCUGCAAUAUCAUUAUUCGGCAAACGCUGGCUCUCGCAGCCUGGUUUGCGUUGGCAGUUCCCUGGCACAUGGCUCCGUGUCGGUAGAUGCCCAUGCGCUCCCGCUGAGGUUGUGAGCAUGGCUGCCCAGUCAUUCUCGUCUUUCUGGCCCGUUGUUGUGCUGCUGUUGGUGAGAAUCCUGAUCAAGUGUUUGCUGUGGGCCAGGGGGUGUGCAAUGGUACGCCCAGAUGCGGGCCCGGUCGUGUCAGCCACCUGCGCCCUCUUCCGCCCCCCGGUCUUCUUGACCAUGUCUUGACACCGGGUCCAGGCAGCUGGGGGGGGGGGAGUGCGAUAGAUGCUGCGCAAGUUCACCCACUAUAUGCUGAUUCACGCGCAAGCCACCGCGCCUGCAUCACCAUGCUGUGGAGCACACGAUGGACAUCGUCGGGCACGGCGUCGACCUGUCAUGGUAAAUCUAAUGUGCUAAGAGUCGUGGCUGGGAAGCUCGCCGGCUGACGGGAUAACUCGGUCCUCUCAGGACUGAGAGUGAGGCUGCAAUGCCUCCUUAAUUGGGUCCGUGUGUGGUGCCCGUAGAUGAACUCUUUCGCUCCAUUGAGCCCGAGUCCACUUGUAGUCGUCUUUGCACCGUUUUGCCAUCGGAGCGAUGUCGGUGAGAGAAGGCAGAGUGCGGUAGAUGCAGUACAAGUCUGCCUCACUACAAAUCCAUUCAUGUACAGGCCUCCGAUGCUGCGCCCCACUCGGUUGGACACAUGGGGGACGUCGUCGCCCCGUCGUGUCGCGCACCGGACUGGGGUUUCAGACCACUUCAGCCUCUGCAUCCGAUCCCAUUUUCUCCUGUCGACUUGAUUUGAACCAUUUACGAUCGUCUUAUGUGUAUUGAUAAUCGUGUAUGCUGCUUGUAGGAGGAGAGAAACUGAUUGAUGACACGGAAGUUUGCGUGGCUGAAGUACUAUGUACGCGCGAACCACUACUGCCGCUCUGGGAAAGUGACAAUCCUCGCUAUUUUCGACUUUUAAACAAUUGGAUUUUAUUAGGAUACUGUCUUUUUUCGUAAGAGCUGUAGUUCCACACAGUUGGCAUUUAGUAGAGUGGGGCUUCUGGGGAUUUUAUUGGACACUCCUACUACCAGUCACACAGUCCCCUGCUGAUAUUGAUAUUUUACCUCCUCAGCCUGAAUUUUGUACUGAGAGCGUGGGCAACUAGAAUUUCGAUUUCUCUUUGGGCGCCCUCUACCAGAUGCAGUUGGCGCCCUCAUUGGGGACCCGAGUUAACCCACUUUCUUGACUUGGUGAUUGACAAGGUUGUUUCUGCCACCACCACCAUUACCUCAGUCGUUGUUUAUUUUUAUCCCCGCUUUGGUUAGCUUCGUAUCACGUGUCAACCCCAAAGACACUUCCCAUCACGUGAUCCUCGGCGUUCAGGACUUCCGACCGGUUGAUUUUGCACAGCAAAUUAAUCUCAACAUUGACAACUCAUGGGGUAUUCUCCGCUGUAUCAUCGACUACUUCAUGAAGUGCGAACCCGGUCAAUACCUGAUGAUGAAGGACCCGAACAAGGUGAGAGAGCCAGUUUCAAUCUUUGUUCUGACGCACGUUAUCGCAGGCUAACCCUGACCCGUUGAUUUGCACUGGUCCUGUCUUUUUUGUCUGUUUUAGCCAACUCUGCAAAUUUAUUCGUUGCCCGCCAACGCCUUUGCGUCAGACGAGAGUGACGACUCCUCAGACGAGGAACCGGUCAAGAAGAAAUAA